AUGAAGAAUGAAGAACUUGCUGCACUUCUUCAGGCUAUGGACCUCAAGUGGGAUCAAAGGGCAGAGUCACAGAUGACAGAACUCAGAGCUGUGAUUGAGGAGAGAUUGGCUCAGGUACUUUCACCAAACUCACCGACACACAAAGGUGAAAGUAGUAUGGCGCGAGAACUGACACGAGAGACGGGUCGGUGUUCGGAGACCUCGAAUGACGGUCGCGAGGUGAAUUCCAUCCUAAAAAAUAUUCGGGUGAAGGUAGCUCGCUUUGACGGAGCCAAUGUUGACGAUUGGAUUUAUAAGAUAAAUAAUUUUUUUGAUUUGCAUCAUGUUGACCCACCAAUUUGGCUGUUGGUGAUUCCGUUUCAUUUGGAGGGGGUACCUUCAAAAUGGUUCCAGUGGAUGGAAAAGAGUGGAGCAUUCGUUGAUUGGGAGACCUUCAUUAACACCCUACAGCUGCGAUUUGGAGCGUCUGUCUACAAUGAUCCUCUCGGCCGCAUAUCCAAACUCACCCAAACAGGUCGUGUAGCUCAAUUUCGGACAGAGUUUGAGGAUUUAAUGACACGGGUAACGGGUGUUUCUGAGCAUUUGUUCAUGAAUUUUUUCAUUUGGGGUCUGAAAAUGGAAAUUCGACGUGAGCUCCUACUCACUAAACCAGUGGAUUUAGCCAAUGCUAUGGAGAAAGCACAGCUGUUUGAAGAUCGAAAUGAGGAUUUCUUGGGUCGUUCAAAGGGAGAGCACUAUCGUUCAGGUUGGCCUAAUCAGGCCACAUCUCAUUUUCCAUCCCACGCUCCAAAUUCCGGAAAUACUUCUUCAUUCGGGGCAACUCCAGCAAAAUCAAAUGAACCCAAAAUAUUGCAAUCCAGUGUGACACCAUUGCUUGUAAAAAAAUUGACCCCAGCAGAAAUUAGAGAGAAGAGGGAGAAGGGCCUCUGUUUUUCUUGUGAUGAUAAGUACAGUUUCGGUCAUAAAUGCAAAAACAGGAUACUAAUCCUAUCGGGUUUGGAUGAGGAGGACGACAGGGAGUUACCAGCCGUGGGCGAGCAGGAGCCGAUUGAGGUAGAGGACAGUCUGGGGGAGGAGGUCAGUUUAAAUGCGUUAUCAAAUUCGACAAAUCCACGCAUCUUUCGACUACGGGCCAACCACGGUAAGGAAUCACUGGAGGUUCUUAUAGAUACUGGCAGUAAUAACAAUUUUAUACAGGAAUCACUGGCAAACAGAUUGGGUCUUAGAUGUGAGGAUACUAAAUGCUUCAAAGUUUAUAUGGGUAAUGGAAAUUCCUUGUUAUGUUCAAAAAUCUGUCAUGGGGUAGAACUGAUACUUCAAGGACAUCAGUUUUCUGUGGAUUUGUACAUAUUGCCGAUAUGGGGAUUAGAUGUUGUGUUGGGGAUGCAGUGGCUACAAACUCUCGGACCGUGUAUACAUGAUCAUAAGGCACUCACUAUGGAAUUCAAUUGGCAGGGGAAAACGGUUAAGUUAGCAGGUUCAGCAGAUAUAGCAAAUAAUUCUUUGAUGUUUACUCAAUUUCAUGCCUUAUUAAGGGACGGAGAGAUACGAGAAGCUUAUCGUAUAACAGCCAUUAUUGAGGAGCAGAUCGAGACUAAUCCACCAUUCAGUACAUGGUUAGAGAAGCUGCCAGCCGAGAGUAUCGAGAUCAUUCAGGAAUUUCAGGAUGUAUUUUCAGAACCAACAACCUUGCCACCAUUUCGGAACGUGGAUCACAUAAUUUUUUUGGAGCAGGGGUCAUCGCCAGUCAAUGUCCGGCCAUAUCGAUACCCUUACUAUCAGAAAGACAUCAUCGAAAAGUUGGUUAGGGAAAUGUCCGAUUGGGGGUUUAUUCAGCAUAGCACUAGCCCAUAUUCUUCGCCGGUAUUGCUGGUUAAGAAAAAGGAUGGGACGUGGCGCUUCUGUGUUGACUAUAGAGCUCUUAACAACAUCACGAUCAAGGAUCGAUUUCCCAUACCCACCAUCGACGAGUUACUGGAUGAAUUGGGUACAGCCACGGUUUUUUCUAAAUUGGAUCUUCGGGUUGGAUAUCAUCAAAUUAGAAUGGAUCGACGGGAUGUUCACAAAACAGCGUUUCGAACGCACGAAGGACACUACGAAUUUCUGGUUAUGCCAUUCGGCCUCACCAAUGCACCGUCGACUUUUCAGGCAGCCAUGAUCCAACUAUUCAAACCGAUUAUUAGAUCUUGUGUCAUUGUUUUUUUUUUUUUGAUGAUAUCUUAGUUUAUAGCAAAACUGCACAGGAUCACAAGCUUCAUUUACGGCUGGUGCUGCAACUACUCAGAGACAAUAAGUUCUAUGCCAAAGGGAGCAAAUGCUAGUUUUUUCAGUCUUCAAUUGAUUACUUGGGCCAUAUUGUUUUAGCCAAGGGAGUUCAAGCGAACCCUAACAAGCUGGCUGCCAUGAUGGACUGGCCACAACCCAAGACCCUCAAACAACUACGCGGAUUUCUGGGGUUAGCGGGAUAUUACAGGCGCU